AUGAUUCUGAGUAUCGCUUCCCCUAUCCUCCAUACGCCUCCACUGAUCCCACGGACGAGGCCUCUCAUCAACCUGGACAUUCCAAAUGCGCUGUCCCCAGAUAAUAUACUUGACCUUCAACCUAGCAUGAUUAUUCAUCGUCCACUCGGCGAUGGUCCGCCCGAUAGGAUUCCUAUUCUGCACCAUGAGGUCGAGAGCGGUUCCGGUGCCGUGAUCGCCGGGCUUGUUCGCGUAGCACCAAACUGUGUGUACCUUUCUCGGAAAUUGGUUCAGGAUAAUGUAACCGUUUGUAACGACGUGCGGUUUGCAUCUAUUGGUUGGGAUGAUCCCGUUCAAGCGAGUGUAAUGGGGGGAGGUACUAGGGACAGUUGUGCCUGUGCAUUGGUCUGUCCAUUUACAGCUGCCGCCAUUGCCGCAUUUGGGUUUCGUGCAGCAGCGGAUGUCAGCUGGGUCGUUGGGGCAGUAGCCAGCGGUGGACUUGCCCCCGCCGGAAGUACAAUCGGCAGUGGAAACGCACACGCCUGCCGUACCGUUUACUGCACAGCGGUCGUUGAUGGCGGCUAGCGCGGUUGCGGAGAGGAGGAGGGCUGAGGUUAUCGCUAGGAACUUCAUGGUUGGGAAUGAGCAGAGCUUAAGGUUUAAAGGAGAGUUUGCGGGAUUCUAUGGCGAGGCCAGUAGUGGUGAGGAUGAAAGGGUCUCCUGAGAUGUGGAGGAGAGUGUGUUUAUAUAGAUGUUUGGUUUCUCUUCUUUGGGGGUACAGUACUAUGCUUUCUCGUAUUGCGGUGAUGCGGUCGUCUGCUGCUCACUAGCUGGUUAGCUAGCUAGGGAGUAACCUAUCUAAGCCUUGCAUUCA